AUGGAUCCAUUAAAGUACCUGUUCGAAAAGUUAGCAUUAGCAAGAAGAAUCGCGAAAUGGCAAUUACUACUCUUUGAGUUCGACAUCACUUAUGUGACUCAAAAAGCAAUCAAGAGGCAAGCACUGGCUAACCACCUAACAGCACAUUCCCUGCCCGAUUAUCAACCGUUGAAGUCCUUCUUCCUUGAAGAGGACAUCCUCCUUAUCAAGGAAGAAGAAGAAAGGAAGGCAGAAGACUGGACCCUCUUCUUCGACGGAGCCUCCAAUUCAAAAGGGAGCGAAGUAGGAGCAAUUCUUUACUCCCCCGACAAUGUCCCAAUUCCCAUCUCCAUGCAUUUAGCAUUUAAUUAUACAAACAAUAUGGCUAAAUAUGAAGCAUGCAUCACUGGUCUAAAAGAAGCCAUCAUCCUCAACCUAAAAAGGUUGUGGGUCUUCGGAGUUAAACAACUCAUCAUCAAUCAUACAAAUGGUGAAUGGAGGACCAAAGAUGAAAAACUAAUCCCUUAUUACAUCCUCGAAAACUUGAUCAAGGAGUUCAAUGAGGUCACAUUCUCAUACAUGCCCCGAGUUAAGAAUCAGUUCGUAGAUGCACUCACCACCCUCAUGUCAAUGCUAGAGAUUCCCAAAGCAAUUUUCAACUGGGAACUUACUGUGGAGCUUCAAAAGGAGCCUGCCUUCUGCCUGUAA